UCUCCGCAGGGCUACGAGGGGCUGGUGGAGGGGGGAGACAACAUCAAGCAAGCCAACUGGCUCAGCGUCUCCAACAUCAUCCAGCUGGGUGGGACGGUGAUCGGCAGCGCCCGCUGCAAAGCCUUCACCACCCGGGCAGGCCGGCUGCGGGCCGCCCGUAACUUGGUGGAACACGGCAUCACCAACCUCUGCGUCAUCGGCGGGGACGGCAGCCUGACCGGUGCCGAUAUCUUCCGCUCCGAGUGGGGAGGGCUGCUGGAGGAGCUGGUCCGUGAUGGACAGAUCAGCGAGGAGGUGGCCCGGGAGAACUGUCGCCUGAACAUUGUGGGGUUGGUGGGCUCCAUCGACAACGACUUCUGCGGCACUGACAUGACCAUCGGCACCGACUCGGCGCUGCACCGCAUCAUGGAGGUGAUCGACGCCAUCACCACCACGGCACAGAGCCACCAGCGGACCUUCGUGCUGGAGGUGAUGGGCCGCCACUGCGGGUACCUGGCGCUGGUGUCUGGCUUGGCCUCGGGCGCCGACUGGCUCUUCAUCCCCGAAUCGCCUCCGGAGGAUGGCUGGGAGGACCUCAUGUGUGAGAGGCUCGGGGCGGACGUUGCGGGCUGGCUGGGACGUGGCGGGUCCAUGCUGGGCACCAAGCGGACGCUGCCCAAGACCUGCAUGGAAAAGAUCGUGGAGAACGUGCGGAAAUUCAACAUCCAGGGGCUGCUGGUCAUCGGGGGGUUCGAGGCAUACGAGGGGGUGCUGCAGCUGGUGGAGGCCCGUGGGCAGUACGAGGAGCUCUGCAUCAUCAUGUGUGUCAUCCCCGCCACCAUCAGCAACAACGUGCCGGGGACCGACUUCAGCCUGGGCUCGGACACGGCCGUCAACGCGGCCAUGGAGAGCUGUGACCGCAUCAAGCAGUCGGCCUCAGGCACCAAGCGCCGCGUCUUCAUCGUGGAGACGAUGGGGGGCUACUGCGGGUACCUGUCGACCGUCACCGGCAUUGCGGUGGGUGCAGAUGCUGCCUACGUCUAUGAAGAUCCCUUCACCAUCCAUGACCUGAAGGCCAACGUGGAGCACUUGACUGACAAAAUGAAGACAGAUAUCCAGAGAGGGCUGGUGCUGCGCAACGAGAAGUGCCACGAACACUACACCACUGAGUUCCUCUACAACCUCUACUCCUCUGAGGGCAAAGGCAUCUUCGACUGCAGGAUUAAUGUCCUGGGCCACCUCCAGCAGGGAGGAGCCCCGACCCCUUUUGACCGCAACUACGGGACCAAGCUGGGAGUGAAGGCGGUGCUGUGGAUGUCGGAGAAGCUGCAGGAGGUCUACCGCAAGGGGCGCGUGUUUGCCAACUCGGGUGACUCUGCCUGCGUGAUCGGGCUCAGGAAGAAGGUGGUGGCCUUCAGCCCCGUGACGGAGCUCAAGAAAGUCACUGAUUUCGAGCACAGGCUGCCCCAGGAGCAGUGGUGGCUGAACCUGCGGCUGAUGCUGAAGAUGCUGGCCAACUACCAGAUCAGCCUGACUGAGUACAUCUCGGGGAAGAUGGAGCAUGUCACCCGCCGUACACUCAGCAUCGAGAAGGGCUUCUAG